CGCCAAACUAUUUCCAACCCGCCAAACAAGCCGCUCUUGGAACCCAGUCCUACAGUCCUACUCCUAUAUAUUGGUUGUGUCUGAUUGGUACCCUUUGCAUGCAAUAGGAAGCCUAGCUACUACUGUUGUAGUACCACAGUAGCCGAGUUCGUGCGUGCGCCAACUGUUUCCUAGCAUAGCAAGCUGGUCGAGCUUCCGAAGAUGGCGCGGCAGCGUACGCGCUCUGCCUCCGCGCUCGCGCUCGCCGUGGCGUUGGUCGUCGGAGUCUUGGCGUCCAUCCCUAUCGAGGUGGCAUCCAUCGGCGUGUGCAACGGGAUGAUAGGCGACAGCCAGUCCCUGCCGUCGCGGGCCGACGUGGUGCAGCUGUACAGGACCAAGGGCAUCAGCGCCAUGCGCAUCUACGCCCCGGACCCCGAGACGCUCCAGGCCCUCGGCGACACCGGCAUCGACCUCAUCAUGGACGUCGGCAACGGCAACCUUUCCGCCCUCGCCUCCGACCCCGGCUUGGCGGCGUCCUGGGUCCAGGAAAACGUGCUGGCCUACCCGCGGGUCAGCAUCAAGUAUAUCGCGGCCGGCAACGAGGUGGAAGGCGGCGACACGCAGAACAUCGUCCCGGCCAUGACGAACCUCAACGCCGCGCUCUCCAAGGCCAGCCGCCCUGACGUGAAGGUGUCCACGGCUGUCAAGAUGAGCGUGCUCGCGUCCUCCUCGCCUCCCUCCAGCGGCGUGUUCAAAGACGCGUACAUGACGGAGGUGGCCCAGCUGCUCAAGGACACCAGCGCGCCGCUGCUCGCCAACGUGUACCCCUACAUCGCCAAAAGGGACACCCCGACCAUCGACCUCAGCUUCGCGCUCUUCCAGCCGAGCCCCAACCCGGUGAACGACAACGGCCUCACCUACACCAACCUCUUCGACGCCAUGGUCGACGCGAUGUACACGGCCAUGGAGCAGGCGGGCGCGUCGGCCGUGCCCAUCGUGGUCUCGGAGAGCGGGUGGCCGUCGGCCGGCGACGACCUGGCAACCCCCACUAACGCGCAGGCGUACAACCAGAACCUGAUCGACCACGUCGGCAAAGGUACGCCCAAGAGGGCCGGGCCCCUGGAGACGUACAUCUUCGCCAUGUUCAACGAGAACCGAAAGGACGGGCCCGAGACAGAGAGGAACUUUGGACUGUUCAACGGACCCGACAAGACGCCGGUGUACCCUAUAAACUUCACCAAUUACAUUGCCGUUUUGCGCCACAGCGCCAUGGCUUCCUCGUCCAUCUCGGCCAAGCUGAGACGGCGCUCCCGCCUCCAGUUCUCGCGACGAUCCUCGUCGGUGAUAAGCCCCGGGGGAGGCGCCAACUCCUGCGCCCGCUCCCGCGUCGCCAUGUCCGGUAAGUUCAUGUCCCAACGGGACCGCCGGAGGCGCCAUGCCGCAGCGUCGUACGCGCGGGCGCCCUCCUGGGCGGUGUCGAAGCAAGCUGAUCGAUCGAUGGAGCUUCUCAAGAUGGCGCGGCAACGUACGGUGGCCAUGGCGUUGGUCGUCGGAGUCUUGGCGUCCAUCACUAUCGAUCAGGUGCAAUCCAUCGGCGUGUGCAACGGCAAGGUAGGCGACAACCUGCCAUCGCGGGCCGAGGUGGUGCAGCUCUACAAGUCCCUGGGAAUCGGCGCGAUGCGCAUCUACGAGCCGGAACCCGAGACGCUCCUGGCCCUCGACGGCACCGAGAUCGACCUCAUCAUGGACGUGGGUGGCGGCUUCGCCGCCAUCGCCUCCGACCCUGACGCCGCGGCCGACUGGGUCCGUGACAACGUGCUUGCCUUCCCGGGCGUCCGCAUCAAGUACAUUGCGGCCGGCAACGAGGUGGAGGGCAGCGACACGGACAGCAUCGUCCCGGCCAUCAAGAACCUCAACGCCGCGCUCGCCGCGGCCAGCCGCACUGACGUCAAGGUGUCCACGGCGGUCAAGAUGAGCGUGCUCGGCUCCUCCUCGCCGCCCUCCGAGGGCGCGUUCAAGGACGCGUACAUGACGGAGGUGGCCAAGAUGCUCAAGGCCACCGGAGCCCCGCUCCUCGCCAACGUGUACCCCUACUUCGCCAAAAGGGACACCCCGGACAUCAACCUCGGCUUCGCGCUCUUCCAGCAAAGCCCCAGCACGGUCAGCGACAGCGGUCUCACCUACACGAACCUCUUCGACGCCAUGGUCGACGCGCUUUACUCGGCCUUGGAGAAGGCGGGUGCGCCGGAGGUGCCCAUCGUAGUCUCGGAGAGCGGCUGGCCGUCAGCCGGCGACGACCUGGCAACCGUCGCUAACGCGCAGGCGUACAACCAGGGGCUGAUCGACCACGUCGGCAAAGGCACGCCCAAGAGGGCGGUGCCGCUGGAGGCGUACAUCUUCGCCAUGUUCAACGAGAACCAAAAGGGAGGGGCCGUGACAGAGAAGAACUUUGGGCUGUUCAACGGCCCCGACAAGACGCCGGUGUACCCUAUAAAGUUCAACAAUUAGCUAAGACAACCGGACUACAUAUUCAUGUAUUACAGUACAUAUAUAGCUGCUGCUUCGAUCCAUCUUAAUAAGCUGCAGAAUAAUUCGUACAAUGUCAUAUGAAUAAGAGCCAUCAGUUGUGUUGGCAAUACGAAUCGUUUUCCCUCAAGCAUUGUAAACUUGUGAUGUACAGCGUUUGAUUCUAUUUUUCCCCUCAUAAACAAGUAUUUUUGCUAAUUCAAAGUUGACUGAUAAUUGUUGUCGA